AUGAUUAUGGCCAGAGCCAAGGUCAAGGAGCAUAGACCUAAGCUUGAACCUGAUGGAGUUAAGGACUUAAAGCUUGAACCAGUGGAGCAGCUUGAACGUGAGGAAAGUAAGCUUGUAGCUGAGGAUGAGCUUGAACCGGAGCUUGUAGCGGAGGAAGCUUUAGCUGCAUCAAUGGAACUGGUUACUCAUUCUGGAGUUAAUCUUGAGCCAAGGUGGAGAAGACACGAUCCUAAACCUCCCUGGUUUUUGAUCCAAGCUCAAGAUAUCAGCAAAUGGGCAUGUGAUUCAUUUGCACUCUUUUUCCCUUACCUUUGGUUUUGUCCCAAUGGGUUUUCCAAAGGAAGUUUUUUAAUGAGGCUUAUGUUUCACAUUCCAAUAACCCAUUAUGCUGAUCAAGACCUAAGCCCAUCAAGUGGGAAGAUUGAAAACGUGGCCAUGAAGUCCAAAGGUCUAUUUUAG